AUGGGCGAGGCAACGGGGCCAGACGGCGGCCUCAUGGGCUGGAUUGCGGUCCUCGCCUGGUGGACGAACAACUUCAUGUGGGUCGGGAUCACUAAGGGACUCGGAAUAAUGCUGCCGACUUUGAAGCAACAGCUGGUGUCCCAAACAUGGAUCAUUGGCUGGAUUGUGGCCCUGGUGAUCGCUAUGUUUGGGUUCGUAGCUCCUUUUGCGGACUUAUUCAGAAGGUGGUUUGGGGCACCUUACAUCAUCAUGACGUGCAGUGCAAUGAUUAGUGCUGCUGCUAUUGCUGCAUCUUUCGCACAGACCACUCUGCAACUGGCUUUGCUGUUUGUCUUGAUGGCGGGCACUGGUUGGGGAAUAUUAAACGUUGUGGCAAAGGAGGCUGUCGGGCGCUGUUUUACCAAGAACUACGCGACAGCCAACGGGAUUGCGCGGACCGGCUACUCGGCGGGAUUGUUCGUCUUCACGCCCCUAGUCCAACUUUUCCUCGAUACCUACGGAUGGAGAGGAACUACGCUUCUCAUUGGAGGAAUCAUGUCACAUGGUGUCGUGUGUGGCGCCCUCAUGGUCACAAAAGGUGCAGCGGAUUCAACCAAACCAAAGACUGAUUAUCAGUAUCUGGCUGGCAAGAACGAAUCUUCAGCCUCACGAGGAACAACCGUCCCGUCUCGCUGUUGCGCUUCAUGGGAGAAGGUUUCCGGGAGUUUGAAUUUGGGUCUGAUGUGCAGUGCGAGAUACUGGUCUGUUGCUAUCAUAUUUUGCACAACAAACUUCGCUUAUGACAUGUGGAUUGUGUAUUUUGUGACACAUGCGCUUGCUCAAGGCUUUACCAUCCAGGACGCAAGCCAUUUCAUCCUGGUCGCUGGGAUCGGAAAUCUGGUUUCCAAAGUCGUCCAGGGGUCCGUAACGGACCGGGGCCUGGCACCAUCCUGGUGUAUGUCAGCCGUAGCCACAGUGGUGGGCUCUGUGUCGCUCUGCGGGACCGCGUUGACGACUUCGUAUUGGACUAUGAUGGCGGUGUCAUUAGUGAUGUUGACCAGCAACGGAGUAAUCUUCUCACAAACGGAUGUCCUUGUCAAGCAGGUCCUGGGAGUUGAAUUGCUAGCUGGCGCCUUUGGGUGGAUAGAGCUAAAAGCUGCCGUGUUGGCCACCGCUUUUGGAUUUCUGCCUGGAUGGAUGUACGAUACCACUGGUAGCUUCACCGCAGCAUUCAUCAUGCUAGGCUUCGUUCAAGGCGUGUCACUGAUACCUCUUCUUAGUCUUGGAUAUCUCAAGAUCGUCAAAUAGCACCAAGAGUACUCGUGUGAAGGGCAACAUCCAUGAAUAAGAACCAUUUCAUUUUUGGCACACCGAUGCCACUUUUUUUUGUCAUUAAGCAUGUGCAAAAGAACCUUAGACUGAAAAUAUCGAAACAAACAAACAAAAACAAAAUCAACCACCCCAAACUAAAUGUGUUAUUAGCCAGCAGAGGGCGCAUUUCAUGUUCUGCGGUCACGUUGUAUCCAUAACUUGAAAGGGUGUCCUAUCGUAUUUUGUAUAUUGUAUAUAAAGCGAGUUUUAUUGUUAAAAUACAUCCUUACCUUUAUUGAAAUGUUUGCUUGUGA